AUGCGCUUCAUUCCAGCAAAUCUUUCUUUACUGCUCGCUGCAUCGGUCAGUCUCGUUGUUGCUCAGGAUCUAGCACCUACCCCCUCCUCAAGUGCAGUAGCCAACGGGCUUUGCGCUGACCAAAGUAUCGUCGAUACAUGUGUCGCAGCUAUGAAAAGGGGACUUGCAAAGUGUUCUGACGAUAAUUGGGAUUGCAAGUGCUCCGCUCAGGCUAAUAUUGCCAACUGCUACGUCGAUUGUCCCAAUGUCCCGGAUGCAUUUUCUGCCCAGCUAGCGAGCGCACAGGAUUGCGCCACCGCGAAUCACUACGACAAGGGUAUUACGGAUGUGCCUCAGACUUGGACUACCCCAGGCCCCCAAACCACCACGGUUACGCCUGCAGAUGUCUCUGUUCCCGGGGAGACAACCGCAACCGCAACCGCAACUGGGACAAUGAAUAAGACCGAAGAAACCGCCAAGUCAGGGGCCGCUGCUGGAAUCGCGUCCGGUAGCUGGCUGGCUCUGGUAGGCCUGGGCCUCGGAGUUAUUUUCUAG